AUGGUGCUGGGGAUGGGUGAGGAUGAGAAGGAUAAGGUGCUAGAGAUGGGUGAAGAUGAGGAAGAUAAGGGGCUAGGGACUGGUGAGGAUGAGGAGGAUAAGAUGCUCAGGAUGGAUGAAGAUGAUUUUACGUUGCCAUUGUACCAAAUGGUUCAGGGAAUGAUAUUCGCCAUUGCAGAAAUUAACAGGAACCCAUAUAUUCUCCAGAAUGUUACACUGGGUUUUGGAAUUUAUGACUCAUGUGACACUGUGACCAGAGCUCUUGAGGGAACUUUGUGGUCAGUUUCUGGACAGAUAGGGCCAGUUCCUAAUUACAACUGCAAACCAGAUUCACAUGUGGCCAUCAUGAUUGGGGAUUCAAGAUCUCAAGUUUCGAUACCAAUGGCAAGAGUAUUGGGAUUGUACAGAUAUCCACAGAUUAGCUACGGAUCAGGAGCACUGAGUCUGAAUGAUAAACAUCAGUUCCCCUCUUUCUUACGGACAGUUCCUAGCAGCUAUCUCAAGUAUGAUGCAGUGGCAAGAAUGCUUCUUCAGUUUGGCUGGACAUGGGUUGGCCUUUUGGCAGAAGAUGAUGACUAUGGUCAAGAAAUCAGCCAGGUAUUAAAGGAACAGUUCAUACAAAGUGGGAUCUGCAUUGAGUUCUUUGAGUCACUCCCAGUAACGAACAUGGAGUUAAAGAUGGAGCACCUAGUUGAAUUAGUAACAAAAGCAACAGCAAAUGUUGUGCUGAUAACAUCUUCUGAUAGCAGGCUGUAUCCUCUUAUGGCAGAGAUUGCAUUACAAAAUGUAACUGGAAAAAUAUGGAUCGGUAGUGAAGAAUGGCCAAUAUCAUUGUUGUUCUCCAAGAAAGAGUUUUUCUGGACAUUGCAAGGAACACUGUGGUUUUCUGUUCACAGAGGAACAAUUCCAGGAUUCCAGGAGCACCUUUAUGAUAUAAACCCACUCAAAAGUCCAGAAGAUAUAUUCACAAUGUUAUUCUGGGAAGAAGUGUUUGGAUGUAAAUGGAAUAAUUCCAAAAGGGCUGACACUUUAGUAACAAAACGUUGCACGGGAAGUGAAAAUAUAAAGGGUCUUCACAUUCCAUUCUUUGAUCCUGCUCAGGUGGGGUAUUCAUACAAUGUCUACAUUGCAGUGUAUGCUGCAGCAUAUGCCCUGCAUAAUGUGUUCACCUGCAGACAUGCAGCUGGGCCUUUUCAAAAUGGAAGCUGUGCCAAUACUGGCAUUUUUUUACCUUGGCAGCUUUUCUAUUACAUCAAGAAUGUCCGCUUUUUUAGUAGUAACAGUGAGGAAAUGUUCUUUGAUCAAUAUGGCAACCCUCCUGAUGUGUAUGAUAUUCUCAACUGGCAAAUGGCUCCCAACGGCACGCUGCAGUAUGCCACUGUUGGAAAAUUUGAUUCAAGAUUACCCGUUGGUCAAGAUCUUGUCAUCCAUUCCAGCCUAAUUAUCUGGAAUCGAGGAAAUAACAAGAUUCCCAAAUCAGUUUGCACAGAAAGCUGUCAGCCUGGGUAUAGGAAAGCCACCCAGCCAGGAAAACCAGUAUGCUGCUUUGCCUGCCUUCCUUGUUCUGGAGGGGAAAUAUCAAACAAAACAGAUGCCACUGAGUGCCUGCUUUGUCCAUUUGAGUUUUGGUCUAAUGACAAAAGGGACUUAUGCAUAAAAAAACAUGUGGAGUUCCUCUCAUUCAGUGAUAUUUUAGGGGCCCCUUUGUCCAUCGUCACUGCUUUUAGUUCACUGAUCCCAGCAGCUAUCCUCAUUAUUUUCAUCAGGUACCGUGAGACACCAGUCGUGAAAGCCAACAACCGUGAACUUAGUUACCUUUUACUUCUAUCGCUCAUCCUGAGUUUUCUGUGUUCUUUGAUUUUCAUUGGCCAGCCUAACACAGUUACAUGUAUGCUUCGUCAAAUUACUUUUGGCAUCAUUUUUGUACUGUCUGUCUCCUGUGUUCUGGCUAAGACAGUAAUGGUUGUGAUUGCUUUUAAAGCAACUAAUCCAAACAGCCCUUUGAGGAACUGGGUUGGGUCAAAACUACCAAACAGUAUUGUAUGUCUAUGUUCUGUCAUUCAAGGGAUUAUAUGCAUUUCUUGGAUCAUAAGUGCUCCUCCAUUUCCAGAACUAAAUACAAAAUCACAGAAUGAGAGAAUAAUAAUUCAGUGCAAUGAAGGUUCAGCUAUGGCAUUCUGGUGUAUGCUGGGAUACAUGGGGUUUCUUUCAAUUAUCAGUUUUGUAGCAGCAUUCUUAGCACGUAACCUACCAGACAGUUUUAAUGAAGCAAAGUAUAUUACUUUUAGCAUGAUUGUGUUUGUAAGUGUCUGGCUGUCCUUCAUACCAGCUUACUUAAGUACACAGGGUCGGCUGAUGGUUGCUGUUGAGAUUUUUGCAAUUUAUUCCUCAAGUGCUGGUGUGCUUGCAUGCAUAUUUUUCCCUAAGUGUUACAUUAUUAUCUUUAAAUCUCACAUGAACUCAAGGGAUUUCUUGAUGGGAAAAGGAGUACAGAAGCACAUAGGAAUUUAA